AUGUUUGAAGGACCUGUUAUAGGUAUUGAUUUAGGAACUACAUAUAGUUGUGUAGGUGUAUUCAAAAAUGGAAGAGUGGAAAUAUUAAAUAAUGAAUUAGGUAAUAGAAUUACUCCAUCAUAUGUAUCAUUUGUUGAUGGAGAAAGAAAAGUGGGUGAAGCUGCUAAGUUGGAAGCUACUUUACACCCAUCACAAACUGUCUUUGAUGUAAAGAGAUUAAUAGGAAGAAAAUUUGAUGAUCAAGAAGUAGUUAAAGAUAGAGCUUUGUUACCUUAUGAAAUAAUAAACAAAGAAGGAAAACCAAAUAUUAAAGUCAAAGUUAAGGAUAAGGAUACUACAUUCGCUCCUGAACAAAUUAGUGCUAUGGUAUUAGAAAAGAUGAAAGAAAUUGCUCAAUCUUUCUUAGGUAAACCAGUAAAAAAUGCUGUUGUUACAGUACCUGCUUAUUUCAAUGAUGCUCAAAGACAAGCUACAAAAGAUGCUGGUACAAUUGCCGGUUUAAAUAUUGUUCGUAUAAUAAACGAACCAACAGCUGCCGCUUUAGCAUAUGGUUUAGAUAAAAAAGAAGAGACAAGCAUUUUAGUAUAUGAUUUAGGUGGUGGUACUUUUGAUGUUUCAAUCCUUGUUAUUGAUAAUGGUGUAUUUGAAGUUUAUGCUACAGCAGGAAAUACUCAUUUAGGAGGAGAAGAUUUUGAUCAGAGAGUUAUGGAUCACUUUAUUAAGAUUUUUAAAAAAAAAAACAAUAUUGAUCUUAGAAAUGAUAAAAGAGCUAUUCAGAAAUUAAGAAAAGAAGUAGAAAUAGCCAAAAGAAAUUUAUCUGUUACCCAUUCAACUCAAAUUGAAAUUGAAGAUAUUGUAGAAGGAUAUAAUUUUUCUGAAACUUUAACAAGAGCAAAAUUUGAAGAAUUAAAUGAUGAUUUAUUCAAAGAAACAUUAGAACCAGUUAAAAAAGUUUUAGAAGAUGCUAAAUAUGAAAAAAGCAAAAUUGACGAAAUAGUUUUAGUAGGUGGUUCAACACGUAUUCCAAAAAUUCAACAAAUAAUUAAAGAAUUUUUUAAUGGAAAAGAACCAAAUAGAGGUAUUAAUCCUGAUGAAGCUGUAGCAUAUGGUGCUGCUAUACAAGCAGGUAUAAUUUUAGGUGAAGAAUUGCAAGAUGUUGUAUUAUUAGAUGUUACUCCAUUAACCUUAGGUAUAGAAACUGUCGGUGGUGUUAUGACACAGCUUAUCAAAAGAAAUACUGUUAUACCAACUAAAAAAUCUCAAACAUUUUCUACAUACCAAGAUAAUCAACCUGCUGUAUUAAUCCAAGUGUUUGAAGGAGAAAGAGCCUUAACAAAAGAUAACCAUCUUUUAGGAAAAUUCGAAUUAUCUGGUAUUCCUCCAGCUCAAAGAGGUGUACCUAAAAUUGAAGUUACUUUUACUGUUGAUAAAAAUGGUAUAUUACAUGUAGAAGCAGAAGACAAAGGAACAGGAAAGAGCAAAGGAAUUACAAUUACUAAUGAUAAAGGUAGAUUGUCUAAAGAGCAAAUAGAAAAGAUGAUUAAUGAUGCAGAGAAAUUUGCAGAUGAAGAUAGGAAUUUAAGAGAAAGAAUUGAAGCUAAAAAUAAUUUGGAUAAUUAUGUUCAAAGUAUGAGAGCAACUGUUGAAGAUAAAGACAAACUAGCAGACAAAAUUGAUAAAGAAGAUAAGGAUACAAUUCUUAAUGCUAUAAAAGAAGCAGAGGAUUGGUUAAAUAACAAUUCAGAAGCAGACACUGAGUCAUUAAAACAAAAAUUAAAAGAUGUUGAGGCUAUCUGCCAACCAAUUAUUGUAAAACUAUAUGGUCAACCUGGUGCAGGCACUCCCCCACCAAGUGAAGAUGAAGAUAUUGAAAGUGAUGAGUUAUAA